AUGUCAGAAAAUGAAGUGGGUAACAAUAGUUUGCUCAAUCUUGAGCUGGCCAAGCUGCAGGAUAUCCUGGAAAACAUGGAUAAAACCAUUUACAGUAGAAUCGAAGAUCAAAAUAGUGACUCUGAAUGCCGCAAACUGCUUAAACAAAUCAACUUGAGAUUGCGAUCGAUGACGCAGCAUUACAAGCUCAUGAACAAAGGAUAUACUAGUGACGAACAGCUGAAGGAAAUGGUUAAAGGCUAUAAGAAUCAAGUGAGCACCCUGGAAGGCGAAAUUGCUCAAUUAAAAGAACACAUCGAAGCUGAUCAACGGAAAAUUAUCGAUGAACUAGAAGAGCAAAUUGGAGAAUUGGAUGAAACAGCAGGUAAACUGGAAAACAAACUGCGUUUCGUAAAAUCCAAAGCAGAUGAAGUCAGAAAAGAGCUGUGCAUCGAAUAUUUGUCUUCCAAUAAUUUGGAUAACGCCAUCCACCAUAUGAAGAAAAUGACUUCUCGUUACCUCAUGAACAUUAUUCACACCAUGGUUGAGCACCAUAAAACUUCCAACUUUGUCAAUCUUAUCCUUUUUGCUGCUGAAUAUCCGGAUUUGGACGAUCGAGUAGAAGCAUUCAUAACUCUUCUCAACAUCUCAUUUGUCGACAUGAACAUCAAAGAGAAGGAUUUGGUACUAAUUGAAACAAUGGUUUAUCGAUUGCUCGACCUGGUCGUUGAUGGAUCUCAAAUCACCGACGAAAAGUUAAACCAGAUGAACCAAAGCUCGCACGUAUUCGCAUCCAUGGCAUCCGGUUCCUAUAAGAAAUGGAUCGAUCAGCUUUCAGAAGGAAUGUUGCAGGAUUUGAAGGUACAUUUCGAAUCAUUCCAUCCGAAACAAAUCGUUCAUUUGGAUUCUUUUCUGAAGCGCAAAUUUCUUGAGUUGACGGAUAGCAUGGCAAAGUUUGAUAUGAUAAGAAAUUACGUCAAGCUGCUAGGAAUGACCCACGGAAUCAAUCAGCAUAGAGGGGCGCUUAUUUUGCUGGAUCAAAAGAUUUCCUACACGCUGAUGACGAUUAUGUCAAUCGGUAUGGACGAUAGUUAUACCAAAUCUGAAGAAAUGAAAACUAUCGUAGAAAUGAUAAAACCAAAACUGCCCGAAAGUUUACGAGUCAUUGAAAAUUGCACAAAAGCGAUACAAAUUUUCCAAAAAAAAUCCAACAAAUGUAUUCAAAUAUCCAACCAAGUGGUAAAACAAUUCAAGGAUGUGUUCCAAAAAAAGCAAGUUGGAAAUCUUCAAAAAAUUGUUGUAACGGGCAAAACAGCCGAUUGUACUACGUUCCAAAUAGUGCCAACUCCGGAUAAAAGAUAUGUUGAAUUGAAAACUGCCGAUGGAACCGCGCUUUCGGCAAUUGAUUCAUUUACGCCCGGAAUUGUUUCCUACACCAGCUACGUGGGAGUCAAACAGGUUCCCUUGCCGGGGUUUAAGUCAGAAACCGAUUCCCGCUGGUUGAUUGAGCCGAACUAUAGGAAUAAUACCCUGAAGAUUACUUCUGAAUUCAAUGUGUACUGGCAUAAAAGGACAAGGGACUACCUGAUCACAGAGCGGAUCGAUAAUGCUGAUACGGUGGUGCUGCAAAGAUACGCCUAUUACCAGGUCGACUUUGAAGGAAGAGAACGGCUGUCGGAUUGGAUUUUGAAGUGUUCCAGUAACGCAUGA